AUGUUUGGAAAAACAAUUUUGUUUGAUAACUUUCCUGAUCCUUCUGAUACAUGGGAAAUCAUUGAAACAAUUGGAAAAGGAACUUAUGGGAAAGUUUUUAAAGUAUUGAAUAAGAAAAACGGCCAAAAAGCAGCAGUCAAAAUUCUGGAUCCAAUUCAUGAUAUUGAUGAGGAGAUUGAAGCAGAAUACAACAUCUUAAGAGCACUCUCCGACCAUCCAAAUGUAGUCAAGUUCUACGGUAUUUACUUUAAGAAGGAUAGACAACAUGGAGAUAAACUGUGGUUGGUUCUGGAGCUGUGCAAUGGUGGAUCUGUGACAGAUCUUGUGAAAGGAUUUCUGAGGAGGGGUGAAAGAAUGAGUGAGCUUCUGAUUGCCUAUAUUUUACAUGAAGCAUUAAUGGGACUUCAGCAUCUUCACAACAACAAAACUAUUCAUCGAGAUGUAAAAGGAAAUAACAUCCUGUUGACCACUGAAGGUGGAGUUAAGCUAGUAGAUUUUGGUGUGUCUGCACAGCUCACCAGCACCCGGCACCGUCGGAACACCUCCGUAGGAACACCUUUCUGGAUGGCCCCCGAGGUGAUCGCAUGCGAACAGCAACUAGAUACCACUUACGAUGCCAGAUGUGAUACCUGGUCCCUGGGUAUCACCGCCAUUGAGCUGGGCGAUGGAGAUCCCCCGCUGGCUGACCUGCAUCCCAUGAGGGCACUCUUCAAGAUACCAAGGAACCCACCACCCAAACUAAGGCAGCCCCAGCUAUGGUCAGCAGAAUUCAAUGACUUCAUUAGCAACUGGAAAAGAGGCUCUGUAGUGGAGACAGAGUGCAGGUGCUUGAUUAAGGAUUAUGAGAAGCGUCCAACAGUGUCAGAUCUUUUACAGCACAAAUUCAUUACUCAAAUCGAGGGCAAAGACGUGCUGUUACAAAAACAACUAAUGGAAUUCAUUGACCUUCAACAGUGCAUGGAAAUCACAGGAAAGGCCAGGCAUGAACGUAUUCACACCAAGAAAAAUAACGUAAGCAGAUCUCUAGCUUCUGAUCUGAAGGAUGUAGAUGAUUUGGCAACCCUAGAUGUUUUAGAUGAGAACACAGUCUCGGAGCACUUGGAGAACUGUUAUGCCAAAGACAAAAUCUAUAUCUAUGUGGGAGAUAUACUCAUUGCUCUCAACCCUUUCCAGAGUCUGGGGCUUUAUUCUACAAAGCUUUCCCAACUCUACAUUGGAGCAAAGAGAAGUGCCAACCCUCCUCAUAUUUUUGCAAUGGCUGACUUAGGGUAUCAGUCCAUGAUUACGUAUCAUUCAGAUCAGUGCAUCAUUAUUUCUGGAGAAAGUGGAGCUGGAAAGACUGAAAGUGCUCACCUUCUAGUUCAGCAGCUCACAGUGCUUGGAAAGUCUAAUAACAGAACCCUACAAGAGAAGAUUUUACAAAUGAACCAUUUGGUUGAAGCCUUCGGCAAUGCCUGCACUAUUAUCAAUGACAAUUCCAGCCGAUUUGGAAAAUACUUAGAAAUGAAAUUUACCUCUUCUGGAGCUGUAGUGGGAGCACAGAUUUCUGAAUACCUUCUAGAGAAAUCUCGAGUUAUCCAUCAGGCUAUUGGAGAAAAAAACUUUCAUAUUUUUUACUACAUCUAUGCCGGUUUAGCUGGAAAGAAGAAACUAGCCCUUUACAAACUGCCUGAAAAUAAGCCUCCCAGGUACCUACAAAAUGACUACCUGAGAACAGUACAGGACAUGACGAAUAACAGCUUCUAUAAAUCUCAGUAUGAAUUAGUUGAGCAAUGCUUCAAAGUCAUAGGUUUUACAAUGGAGCAACUUGGAAGCAUAUAUAGCAUUCUCGCUGCCAUCUUGAAUGUUGGAAACAUUGAGUUUUCUUCCGUAGCAACUGAGCACCAGGUUGACAAGAGCUACAUCUGCAAUCACACAGCUCUGGAGAAUUCUGCUUCUUUGCUUUGCAUUCAGGCAGAUGAGCUACAAGAAGCUCUCACUUCCCACUGUGUGGUCACUAGAGGAGAGACCAUUAUAAGACCCAAUACUGUAGAGAAAGCUAUUGAUGUCAGAGACGCCAUGGCAAAAACUUUAUAUGGGCGUCUCUUUAGCUGGAUAGUAAAUUGCAUUAAUAGUUUGUUGAAGCAUGACAUAUUUCCAAGUAAGAAUGAUGAUGAGCUGAGCAUUGGCAUUCUUGAUAUAUUCGGCUUUGAACAUUUCAAAAGGAAUUCCUUUGAGCAACUGUGCAUUAACAUUGCAAAUGAACAAAUUCAGUAUUACUUUAAUCAACAUGUGUUUGCAUGGGAACAGAAUGAAUACUUGAAUGAGGAUGUGGAUGCUCGAGUUAUUGAAUAUGAAGAUAACAGGCCUCUCUUAGAUAUGUUUCUGCAGAAGCCAAUGGGGUUAUUGUCUCUACUCGAUGAAGAAAGUAGAUUUCCCAAUGCCACCGACCAGACUCUCAUAGAAAAAUUUGAAGGUAACCUGAAAUCACAAUACUUUUGGAGACCUAAAAGAAUGGAACUUAGUUUUGGAAUUCACCAUUAUGCAGGAAAGGUCCUCUAUAGUGCGAGUGGCUUCUUAGCCAAAAAUAGGGAUACUCUUCCAACUGAUAUUGUACUACUUUUGAGAUCAUCAGAAAACAGUGUGAUUCGUCAACUUGUCAGCCACCCUCUGACCAAAACAGUGGGCCAGCCUCAUUUUGUCCGCUGCAUCAAACCCAAUAAUGAGCGUCAGGCGAGAAAAUUUGACAGAGAGAAAGUUCUGCUACAGCUUCGUUGCACGGGCAUUCUGGAAACUGCAAGAAUCCGGAGGCUGGGAUAUUCUCAUCGGAUAUUAUUUGCUAAUUUUAUAAAGCGGUACUAUGUUCUCUCCUACAAGUCAAGUGAAGAGCCCCCAGUGAGCCCAGAUACCUGUGCCACCAUUUUGGAAAAAGCUGGUCUUGAUAAUUGGGCUCUUGGAAAAACAAAACAACCACACCUAAAUCCUCAAAGAGAGUCUCCUGUCUUACGCAUCCUGGCCUCCCCAGAAGAAGAAUACACAUGUUCUGACUCAGUCAAUGUGUUCCUUAAAUACUAUCAUGUGGAACAGUUGAAUCUCAUGCGAAAGGAAGCCAUUGAUAAGCUUAUAUUGAUUCAAGCCUGUGUGAGAGCAUUCUUGGGUUCAAGAAGAUACAAAAAACUACAGGAGAAAAGGAAAGAAAGCGCUAUAAGGAUACAGUCAGCAGCAAGAGGACAUCUAGUCAGGAAACAAAAAAAAGAAAUUCUUAACACGGGAAACAGAGCCAUAAUGACCAUUCAAGCCCACGAUCAAGAAUUUGACUACAAGAAAAACUUUAAAAAUAAAAGGACAUCUUUUAUGAGAAACAAACAGAAACUGCAGUGUCAAGUAAAGAACUCGUCAUUCCAGCUGCAAAUAAUAAAGGGAAUCUAUCUGGAGCGGAAGACUUCUGCCUCCAAGACCAAAAGGGCAGCCAUCCAUACUGUGAAGAGCAAUGAGAAAGGAUAUCAAAGUCAGAAGAAAAUCAAUAAUUCGUAUGGAGAAGAAGCUACUCAAGAGCUGUAUCUCAUGAGGGAUGUUUGGGCAGAAGUCAGCCCCAAAGAGAAGUAUGUCAAAGACCUGGAAGAGAACACCAAAGUCCAGUUUAUCACCAGUACAGAUAGCCAGGGAAAAGAGAAGACAUCUGUGGUUACCCAGAAUGCACUGCUGUGCAGCCAGGCCAGAGAUCAGCAGCAGCACAGGAUGCUGGAGGAAAGGCAUGUUGAAUCCGGAAUGCAGGCCCAAGAAGAAGAAGAAGAUAAAGCUGAGGUGUAUAUACAGAACCAAUACCGGGGUUCCAAGCUAAGGCAGCAACUGAGAGGUGACAGGAUGUUGCCUACCUCUCAAAGUGAAAAGAUUCUUGCAACACACCAGCAGAAGUAA